CCCCGCCUGCCCGCUGCCGCCGGCUCCCUCCGGCCCGCGGUGCGGUGCGCGCCUGCGCUGGCCCUCGCCGCGGAGCAGCCAUGAUGGAAGGCCUGGACGACGGCCCCGACUUCCUCUCAGAGGAGGACCGCGGACUUAAAGCAAUAAAUGUAGAUCUUCAAAGUGAUGCUGCUCUGCAGGUGGACAUUUCUGAUGCUCUUAGUGAGAGAGAUAAAGUAAAAUUCACCGUUCACACAAAGAGUUCAUUGCCAAAUUUUAAACAAAAUGAGUUUUCUGUUGUUCGACAACAUGAGGAAUUUAUCUGGCUUCAUGAUUCCUUCGUUGAAAAUGAAGACUAUGCAGGUUACAUUAUCCCUCCAGCACCACCAAGACCUGAUUUUGAUGCCUCAAGGGAAAAACUGCAGAAGCUUGGAGAAGGAGAAGGGUCUAUGACAAAGGAAGAAUUCACAAAGAUGAAACAGGAGCUGGAAGCUGAGUAUUUGGCAAUAUUCAAGAAGACUGUUGCAAUGCAUGAAGUGUUCCUGUGUCGUGUGGCAGCACAUCCUAUUUUGAGGAAAGAUUUAAAUUUCCAUGUCUUCCUGGAAUAUAAUCAGGAUUUGAGUGUACGAGGAAAAAAUAAAAAAGAGAAACUUGAAGAUUUCUUUAAAAACAUGGUUAAAUCAGCAGAUGGAGUAAUUGUUUCCGGAGUAAAGGAUGUAGAUGAUUUCUUUGAGCAUGAACGAACAUUCCUUUUAGAGUAUCAUAACCGAGUUAAGGAUGCAUCUGCUAAAUCUGAUAGGAUGACAAGAUCCCACAAAAGUGCUGCAGACGAUUACAAUAGAAUUGGUUCUUCACUAUAUGCUUUAGGAACUCAGGAGUCUACAGAUAUAUGCAAGUUUUUUCUUAAAGUUUCAGAACUGUUUGAUAAAACAAGAAAAAUAGAAGCACGAGUGUCAGCUGAUGAGGACCUCAAACUUUCUGACCUUUUAAAAUAUUACUUAAGAGAAUCUCAAGCAGCUAAGGAUCUCCUCUAUCGAAGAUCUAGGUCACUAGUGGAUUAUGAAAAUGCUAAUAAAGCACUGGAUAAAGCAAGAGCGAAAAAUAAAGAUGUUCUGCAGGCUGAAACGUCCCAACAGUUAUGUUGUCAGAAAUUUGAAAAAAUAUCUGAAUCUGCAAAACAAGAGCUUAUAGAUUUUAAGACAAGAAGAGUUGCUGCAUUCAGAAAAAAUUUAGUGGAACUGGCAGAGUUAGAACUGAAGCAUGCAAAGGGUAACCUGCAGUUGCUGCAGAACUGCCUGGCAGUGUUAAAUGGAGACACAUAAGCCACACUCCACCUUCCGGUUAAAAAGGGCUGCCUUCCUUCAGAUUUUAUUUUUUUCCCUAAUGAUGUUAGGCAUUUACUGCUCACUGGAAACAAAAGAAACAGCUGACAAACUGCAUCUACUCUCCCUUUUCCUGAGAAACAAUGCAGCGGUGCCGCCCACGGGUGCUGCGGGCUGCUCGGUGGGACCUGUGCUCCUGCGCCUGCGCCCCGGACAGUUACUGAUCAUCGCGCCCUCCUCCUCUUCAGAAGCCAAAAGUUCUCUUUUUUUAAGUAGCCUCUAUAACUGUGUUUAUUUUAUGAACAGUAUUCCUUAUGGCUGCCAAUCUUAUUUACCUUUAAGUAAUUUCUGAAGUUUAACCCUUUCAAAAUACAUUGUUCAAACAAGAUAAGGAUUGCCAUUACCUUUUUUUGAAUUUUGUUUUAAAAAAACAUUGUACACCACCUUAGUUCACUCUUAUAUCCUGGUAAAUCAUCUUAAUCAGACUUAUUUUUAAUUAAUGAACGUUUCUUAGAAGUUUUGGGACAGACUUUAUGUAAUCUUUAUAAGUAUGAUUUCUCAAGAAAAGCAAAUGCAUUAGUAUGUUUGCCUUAAACUUGUAGACUAAACGAACUAUUGUCAAAUAAACAGUGAUAACAGUGAUAGUUUUUAA